UCGUUCUGAGAGAGAUAGACUGUGCAGACUGAUAGUAAUAGUCAUAGAUGAUGGCAGCAGCAGUAAAAGCAUGCAAUGUCCUGAUCACAGGAGCCAACCGGGGCUUGGGUUUAGAAAUGGUCAAGCAACUCGCGGAGGGUUCUUGUCCAAAGCGCCAGAUUUUCGCCGGCUGCCGUGACCCUGCUGGUCCGAGAUCUGAGAAACUGAGAGAACUUGCUGAAAAGCACCCUGGCAUUAUCACCAUUGUCCAAUUAGAUGUAACCAAUCCAUCCAGCAUCAAAGAGUCUGUUAAGAAAGUGGCUCCUAUGCUGGAGAAGAAUGGUUUGAAUCUGCUGGUGAAUAAUGCAGGCGUGCUUGCACAUGGCACCAUGCUGUCCACCUCAGAUCAAGAAAUGCGUGAUGCUUUCAACACCAACCUAAUGGGACCUUUCACAGUCACCAAGGAGUACCUGCCAUACCUACGCACUGCAGCCAAAGCCAGCGGCACAUCAGGCAUGUCAUGUGAAAAGGCGGCUAUCAUUAACAUCUCUGCUGGACUUGGCUCCAUGACUCAAAUGCUUACGUUGUACUCCAAUUUUCCAACAUUCUCAUACAGUGUCAGCAAGGCAGGUCUUAACAUGUUGACUGUGUAUACCUCUACGGAGGUAAAGAACGAUGAGAUCCUCUGUGUUUCCAUUCAUCCAGGAUGGGUUAAAACUGACAUGGGUGGAGAUAAAGCACCUCUUGAAAUGAAAGAAAGUGUGGAAGAGCUUCUGCGUGUCAUGAGCGGUCUUACUGAGAAGCAGCAUGCUGGAUUCUUGGACUACAAAGGACAAACUCUUCCCUGGUAAUCCAGGAGAACUGUGAUUUUCACAUUGACACCGAUUUAAGUUCAAACUCCCCAAUUUGAACUUUAAACAAUACAACACUCGGGACCAAUCAAUGAAAGCAACACUUCUGCAAAAAGUCAAAGUUGAAUAGCUAACAAAAAGUAAUUAAACACUAUUUUACAUAAUUUUAACAUGUUUGUCAUUACAUAACAUUAUUAUUAUAUAAACAGUGUUUUGUGGUUUUGCCUUGUGGUUUAUAAUUGAUAAGAUUUUUCCAGCAGUGCUAAAUAAAAAUUUCUAUUGUUUUAUGAAA